UUUCAUGGACUGUCUGUAUCUUUUCACUGAAAUCUCUCUGCUGUAUGUGUUAAUAAGCUCUUUGUGUUCACAGUCCAGAGAGCUUCUCCGGUGCUGAAGAGAAGAGUAGCAGCUGGCUAGUUAGAGUUAGCUAAAAUCAUGGUGUGAUUUUUAAGUCAGACAUAAUUGGGUUCCUGAUAGCUCUGCAUUUGUGUUGAAUAUUGGAUAGGAGGUGCAAGAAGAGGCAAAUUUUUGUGAUUAUGAACUUUGCAGUUCUUAGACUGGGCAGAACAGAGCAGAGAGGAUUCCUGAUUAAGCUGUUGUUGCUGAAGAGAAGUGCAGCUCCCUGAAGAUGUCUUACUGACUCAGGGAUGUGGGACAGGGAUUCUCACCAGGGGGCUGUUUCUCAUUCUCUCAUGCUGUGCUUGCUUCAGCACGAGCUGGGAAAAUGCUGAUCUGGCCCUGAGAAUGCAGGUACUUGGCUUUAUAGCAAUAAAUGAGAACUGACUAAAAGGGAUUGAUUCGUGUUUGGGCACUUUAAUGAGAGAAUUCAGCAGGAGGAUUUCCCUUUUUCAGGGCAGCUUGACAUGUCAGCCACAGGCUGUUCACAGACUCACACACUGCUUGUCUUCUCUUUCUGUGGAAAAACACCAUAAUGCAAUGCUCCUUCUUGGAAGGUGUAUAUUAAAGUAAGGGAGAGAGGCAGCAAUUUGGUUCUGUUAGUAGGAGUCCUAAUUUGCCUCAGAAGCUGCUCCAUGUAUGGUAUCUGUUUCUUUGUGCUGUGCAAGUUCCCUGCUUUGUUCCUUUAUCUUUUGAGCCUGCCCAUGGGGAGGCAGCAGCCUCUGUUGGAAUCACAAGAGCAGAAAUGCACAGCUAAAAUGGAAUUUCAAGAAGUCCAUAAUAGCUAAUCAGAGGUGACUGUCACACCUGCCUCUGCACUUGCUCAUUGGUAACAAUGAUGCUCAAAUCCCCUUUUGAAUAUCCUCUGGGUUUUAGCAGGUCUUGCACAUCUCUGCUACACUGAAGGCUUAGAACAUUCCUCUGCUCUAGUUGUGCAGUGGAGAAGUGAUUUUUGUAUUAGAAUACCUUUUGGCUAAUGCUCUGAUUUUAUAUAUAUGAGAAAAAGCCCUGCCUUAGUCAUGGUUAGACUGAUCAGAUCUCUAAAGGGAAAGCUUUUUCUGGCAUCUUAAAACUGGACUUGAAAGGAGUGUGUCUGGGGUGAAAAAAUCUGCACUACAAUAAAAUCUGUAUUUUUUUCUUCUUUUGGUUGAUAGCAUUAUUAAAUAAAGGAUUUGUUUUGACAACUGUUUCAGUUAAAAGCUAUCAAGGUAGCAGUGGGCACGACUGAAAUAAAAGAACUGUGGGUGUUUUUCUCUGCCCUGAUAGUGUUUUUUGGGGCAGAGCUGGGUGUAGCUCUGGGGCCAGGACAGCUGGGAUUUUUCUUAUGGCAGGAAACAGUGCUCUGAACCCAGGCUGGGGAGUGAGAGCUCCCACAGAUGAGCUCCCAGUUCCUGUGUCAGUGCAAAAAGGCAGCUUUGCUCCUGCCAAAAAGCCAAAAUGUACAAGAAUGUCAGAAGAGAAGAAAUAAACGUAAUGGGGUUUUAUGAAGCAGCAGCUGGUUUUUUGCAGAUAAAUUCUACUGACCUGCAGUGCUUUAGUGUAGAGUAGUUUAAUAAUUAAAGGAAAUGAGGUGAUUCUUUUUUAAACAUGCAGACAGUAAUUCCUUCAGUCAUGUGCCCACCUGGAAAUUGUUAUGGCAGCCAAUAAUCAAAUAUGCACCAGCUUCAUUUGUGUGCCAGUGCAAGGACUGCAACAGAUAGACAACAAAAACAGUUCCACGGUUGCUGAAAUCUUUCCACUGAAAGGAUUCAUCAGAAUUCAGCAUCCAACUGUCUGGAGGUCUUCCUGCUUGGCCUUGCCUUCUGUGUGAACUUAAUGAGAGCUGACAGUAAUUUGAACACUUCUGGUAGUGUUUGGGGAGGUGAGAGGUGGCUGAGAAUAGAUAAGAGUCAGCUGAGACGCUGGCAGUGUCUUGGAGGGGGAAAAAAAGUGCCUUCCACAAUUGUUUUCUUUCCCUGGGAGUGAUUCUGUUAGUUGCAGCUGUAAAAGCUGCUUCCUGGCAGCCACUGUGGAAAGGUUUAAAACAUAAAAAAGGCUUGGGCUUCCCAAUGGGCUUAGGGAUGUGCUUCCAGGCCUUGCCAAGCACCUUCCCAGGGACUCAUUUUCCAUUAUUAGAACACGCAUGGUCAGUAGCAGCAGAACCUCUGGUAGGAUGAGCAGUUGUUCUCGUUUGGAAGAAGCAGCAGCUAUGCUGCCACUGGCACCCUGACUAAAGGGACACCUGUCCCAGGUCACCCACAGCACAAAUUAAAGGGUCUGACUCAGAGGCAGGAGUAGGGGAGCUUGUGGCAGGAGGAGGAGGAGGAGGGCUCUGGCAUUUCCUUCCCAGGUGUGACUGUCUCGUGCCCCAGAGCUCUUUGGCUUUGGUGAAAUGUCGACAAUCCUGAAAUGGUUUGGACGGGAAGAUAAGGAGAAAGAGGAGAAGGACAAGAAAGAGGAGAAGGAAGAGAAGGAGAAGACUGAGGGAGAAAAAGAGAAGGAGAAGCAGAAGAGGAGGAAGAAGGGAGAAGAUAAGCAGGGAGAUGGGGAAGAGGACAGGAGCGGCAGCAGCUCUGACUGUGACUUGGAGGAGGACCAAGGCAUUGCCAAGGAUGAUGAGAAGGAAGACAAGGAUUAGUCUUCUCGUGCUGGAGCACACUCCCUGCACACUCCGAGGAGGUGGAGAUGGAAACAGCAGUUUGUGCUGGAGGGCGACUGGG